AGCAACUGCAGUGUUGAUGACGUACCCCAUUCUUUAUUUCGGUCCCGAGAAAUGAUUCCUACGAAAUCCCAAAGAAUUCCUUUGCCCUGCUACCCGGGUAUGUGAUUCGGGGCAAACAGAAGAUAAAAGAAGACGUCAAUCGUGGAAUUUCUUCGCGGAGUAUUGAGGGGGCCCAAAAAAUGCUUUACUGAAAGCAGAAUGGGGAAGCACAACAGCAAACUAACACGGGAGGAAUUGGAAGAAUUAGAGGAAUUGACAAACUUUAAUACUAAGCAAUUAAGACAAUGGUACAAAGAUUUUAUACAAGAUUGUCCUUCCGGUUAUAUGACAAAAGAAGAAUUCAAACACAUUUAUGGUCAGUUUUUUCCAUCCGGUGAUCCAACGAGAUUUGUCGACUACGUCUUUAAUGUUUUUGAUAUAGACAAGAACGGGGUGAUCACAUUCAAAGAGUUCAUCUUGGCCAUCUCCAUAACGACGAGGGGAACAAUAGAAGAAAAGUUAAACUGGGCAUUCAGUUUAUAUGAUUUUGACAGUGACGGCUACGUGUCCAGGGAAGAGAUGCUGGACAUUGUCCGAGCCAUCUACAGGAUGCAUGGCAAAGAGGGAGAACCAGAGGAGAAGACUGCCGCACACCAAAGAGUCGAUGAACUCUUCACCAAAUUAGACACGGAUCAAGAUGGCAAAUUGAGCCGUGAAGAAUUCUGUAAAGGUUUCAAGAACGAUGCCUGGAUCAUUAAAGCCCUCCUCUUGAAAUCUCCACUGGCAAGCACCUCUACGACCUCUCUACUCAUUCCAGAAAGUGAGACCAGUCCCAAAAAGUCCUCCUCCACAUCAUGCACGGCUUCUGUCGGCAACGGUCUACACUAACUUAGAGAAGGAGCACACCACCUUAAUAUUUAAGGUUUAUUUUGCGUGUCUUAUGAAAGUACCUUAUCUCCAAUUUCACUCGCAGAACGCAUCCGCUUCAUUCUCACAACGACUCCAUCAUAAACUUUUUAAAUACUAAAUAAUGUAUGAUUUUAAACCUUUAACCGUUUAUCCCGAGUUGCAUUGCAGAAUCACGUUUUGUUUUAUCACGUUUUUAUUCGGCUGGAAGCGAAAAAUAAUCUGCUGAGAUUAGACCAAUAUUUGUUUGUGGGACGUGUUUUGUACAUACAAUUGUAUAUACACGAUGGGUGGAUGAAUUUACGUAGAAAAAAAAGGGAGUGUGAAAGGAGGAUCUUUCAGAUGUGAACAAAGACUCAUAUUUAACUUUUUUCAUUUGCGCGAGAUAAUUUGAGAUAGUAAACAAAUGGAUAAAAGGUUGAUUCAAAAAAAUUGAUUAGGGUAGCGGUAAAAGCCUUCGAGCGAUAGUCAAGGAAAUUUUUUUUGAAUUCUUAAAAGUGAAAAAAUUUUUGUGGUUCUUAAUUUUAAAAUUAAACAAUGCAUAUUUUUAUAUAGCAAUCUAUUUUCAAUUCACAAUGUAAAGUAAUGUUUUACGAAAUAUUUCAAACAGGUAAUAUGAUUAAGAUAGAUCAGAUAUAAGGGAAAAAUUAUUACUUAAGUGAAAAUUGUGUUGCUUUUGGGAAAUGAUGGGGCAGAUUUUUCAAAUUGGCUAGUAUCAAUUUUUAAUGGCCUAUUAAUAUCAAAUAUUUUCAUUUUUAAUACCCAUUCAUUCUAUUUAGAAGAUGCACAAAUCACUUGAUUCCUGGUCGCCUGUCUCUUUUGUUACCUUUUUUAUCAAAUUUUCUGCUCGACAGUUCGACAACAAAUACUUCAUUUUUCAGCAUUUAUCGCAGAACAAUUAUAUUUACUUUUUUUUAUCGUGCUUUUUAUAAUACCUUGUGUGUAAAUAUAUUCCUUCCUUUUCAAUUGUUAAUAUUCAGUAUAGUUUGUUUAUUAAAUUAUUUAGAAUUGUUUUCUCUGAAGAAUCUACAUGUUUAUGCUUUGAUUCUCUAAAAUGAUAUAUUCUAAUUGCUUUUUAAAGAGUCUCGUGAUUUUGUUUCACCAUUUUUAACGGAGCACGUAAAGAAUCCCUUUUACCCAUUGGCAAAAUUGUACUUGGUUUGGAAUGGAUUUGAGUCCACACACUUUUCAACUGUGUUCCAGAUUAACAGUAAACAGUGCAACAUGCGUUGCUAGGGCGACCGUUGCCGUUUUUCUUUUCACUAGCAGGCAUUUUAAUGUAUUUACAUAAUAAUAAUUUAUUUUUAUAUUCCCUUUAUUAUUAACGUAUAAUGACUGGCUUGACGCUGAUUUCAAUAUAAAUAUGAAUACUGAAGAAGAACACGUUUUGUGAAACACGUACAUAGGCAAUGAUAUGAAAAUGAAUUCGACGACAAGCAUCAAUGGAGACAGUUUUUUACAACCCAUGAUUUGAAAUGGUGUGGCGUUUAACGAAGUCCAUCCAGAUGGAAAAAGAAUUUGACCCAUGGGUAGCCAGUGAUCGUCACAGAUCUUUUGUUAUGGUUUCAUUUAUCUUUUUAAUCCAAUUUGACAGAUCUAUUUAUCCUAGCGAUCUUAACACAUUCUUUACAUUUCCAAAAUACAGCACUCGAGGGUCUUUCUCGCAUAUGUUAAUGAAUUUAAUCAACUACUUACGGUUCCACAACAGAAAUAAAACAACUCAAAUUAGAAUUGCCACAAAAAUGAAUGAAAUUGGAGAUGAAGUCUUCUAAAGGAAUUACUUCGAUCGGCUAUCUAGGUUUUUUGCAAUCUUCCAAUAGUUAAUAUAUAUAAAACUCAACAAUAAUUAAAAAAUGAACAAUUAUCUAUUUUUUCUCUCCAUAAAAUCGUAGAAUGUUAUUCAUAAAAUAUAAUCGAACAAGCAGAGGGCGACAUUCAGGAAAGCGAUCGAGAUUUUAUUUCCUUUUAUCGAAAAUUAGUUCCUAUACUCUUUGCAAAUAGUCUCAAGGAACUCACUCGAUUUCCCCAUUCCCCACACUUUCCUCCUCUUCCUUUAGCAAAUCUUAAUUUUUUUAUUAUCCCCUAUGCAAGUAGAUUCCAGCAGAAAUGGUAUGCAGUGGGAAGAAAAACUAGAUUUGUCGAUAAGGCAAAAAAUUGUGGGGAAAUCUUUAUACCGGUUUAACUCUGUACUGAUUAAUUAUCAAUAUUCUGAUGCUUGAAGCAUUCUGAUGGUGGAUUUCACUGCUAAGACCAAGCUUUGUUAAUUUCUUUUAAAAAGUAAUACAGUCAAACCCCACUAUAGUGAACAUGGUUUAUAGUGAAUGAAAUGUUUGCUCCCCUGUCUUGCUGUACACAUAUAAAAUUAUUUUUUGUGUAUAGAGUGAACUAAAAGAAGAGAGGAUAUUAUGAACUUUUUUCCUUCAUUUUUUCUUGUAAUUUUGACAUUUUUACAUAAAAUACAUAUAUAUAUACCGAUUUUUAAAACCAUCAAUUGAGUGGAAUGUAGCCUUUUUUCUUGCUUACUUCUUCUAUCUCAGUUCUCCCCUCCUUAAUUAAAGGCCAUCCCUCAAUUUUCUUUGCACGCAGGACGGCGAGUUACAAAGGAUAGAAGUGAACGCAUUUUUUGUGAUUGUUUUUUAAUCAUUUUUGUAUUUCUUUUUAUGGAUCAUUUAUUUAAAUAAUGUGUCAUAAAAGGGAACAGUUCUGAAAAAUGAGUUAAAAUUGUUUGCAGUAUGGAUAAAGUGAACUUCCGGUUAUAGUGAACCGAAAUUUCAGUUUCUUGAAAGUUCACUAUAGCGGGGUUUGACUGUAUAAAUUUAAGUUUAAAGGAUCAUGUCUCUGGAGAACAAAUAAGUCUAAAUAAAUAAAACAAAUUUUUUUAAAUAAUUUGUGAAUGCAUUUCGUUACAUUAGUCUUAAGUAUAUAUAUUUAUAUUCCUUGUCCAAAGUGUAUUAACAUUUUUAAAACCUACUUAUUUUCCGAUUAAUAAUUUUUAAAACUGAAGGCAUCAUCAAAAUGUGAAAGAUGAUUAUCAAAGUCAGAUAAAACCAAAAUACACAUGCUUCAAGCAUGUCUUUUGUGUGCAUUUAAUAAAUUUCUUGUCGAAAGUAUAGUUAUUAGAACUUACAUAUCAGGAAUUUAUAACUAAGCGAGUAAAAAAAAAACUAAUGGCUUGCUCAAAGUUGGACGAAUGAUUAUCGAAGUCAGAUGAAACUAAAAUACGUUCGCCACCCUUUAGGAACUGUAGACGAGUUGAAUGGGGCUAAUAUACUAGUUAUUUCUCCUUUUCUCAGAUUGGCUUUAAUGAUGGGUCAGAUUCUAAAUACAUUUUUGUUGUUUUCUUAUAGCUAAUUGAUAUUACUUUGCAACCCAUAAACUGUUUUUCCCGAAUAACAGAAUAGGAAAUAAUGUUAAGAAAAUUAGAAAUUUCAAAAUCUUUUUUUCUCGCUAGAUAUUUUGCAAUCAGAAUAUUUCCAUGUAAGAAUUUGCAUCCACGGGGUUUUGUCCAAGCGAGUCUGAGGACCCCCGUGGCGACGCAGCGACAUUGUCGCAGAAAGUUAUAGAGUUCUCGCAGAAAGAUUUUCCUUUUGAAAAAAAAAAUUACUUUUCUUUAAUACAGAAAUUGACACGUAAUAUUUGAAUCACUUAGAUAAUCACUUUUUGAAGCGCUCAAUUUACGCCAACAAUAGUAUCGUCAAUCGAUUUCCUAUUGUAUCUUCGGCAGUUAUUGAUAUUGAUGAUCACGAUGAUUUUAAAUAUCUCGAGAUAUUUCUAACACUAGGGAAAAUUCGAAUAGUACAUUUGAGUACUUACUUUCUAAGGCAAUCAUUCUGUCGAAUUUUUGGCAGCUAUUGCUCUUGAUUUCUCCACAGUUUUCAAAUCCUAUAUUAUGAAUACAACAACCUAAUCUCGAAACACGCAUUUGAGAAGUCCGAUUUGUGUGAUUUCGUCAUCCAUCUUUUUUUCGGCAAUGACUACUGCGGAUUUCUUGAUUUUUUAUAAUUUUGUUUUAUUGUGAGGGUUAUUUGAAAAAUGCGAAAAAGGAAAUAAUAUGCGCACCAGCAAAAUGCGAGAAUAAAAAAAUUAUUAUUAGAAUAAUUAUAGAAAUAUUAGAAUAAAAAAUUAUUACAUGUCCAAAUAAAAAUUUUAUUUUUAUCUUUUUCGGUUUGUAAACAAAGCGCUUUUGUUAUUUUAAAUGAGUAACAUAUAUGUUUGUUAUUAUUGAAAGUAUCUUUGCAGAAUGAUAUUGGAGAGUUUUGUCGCAGAUAGCUCGAAGAAGAAAAUUCUGCUACAGGGCUGAGAACAUGCACAUACGAGAUUCUGAUUCGUGUAUUGAAACCUCUAAAUCUUAAUCUGGAAUCUUAUUUAUCGAAUCAAGUUUUUUAAAAAAAAGUUCUUUUUUUUUAAAAAAAAAGCUAGUCAUUUUAGGGUUAGCCCAACACAUAGUUAUUAAAAAGUAAAUUACACAUUAUAAAAAAUCCUGCAGUAAUGACGCAGCAUUGAUUUAAAAACACAAUUUCGCGAAAAAAAAGGCAUUCGAAACAAUCCUUAAUGUAUGUACAUAAUGUUAUGUCGCAUGAACACUCUAUUUUGUGUGCCUUAUUCUUUAGACGCUAGGGGAUAAUUCAGUUAAAUAUUCUUCUAUUUUGUUCAUAUAUAUUCUGUGAUAUAAUUUUAAUGCUUUAUGGAGCAAUAAUCUAUGGAUUUUUAACAGUUUUUAUUACCUCAUUCAUGUUAUAAUUGUAAAAAGCAUAAAAGAGCGAUAGUAGUUGCAUAAUUCACUUAUGAAGCAAAUACAUUAGUAGAUCAAGGAAAAUGUAAUUUAUUUCAACUAUCUUAUUGCAAUACUUCCGUAACAAAUAUAAAUAAUGAAUCAAACUAAAAUGUGACUUUCAGUGUUAAACAUAAAAUGUAUUGAUUAUUGUGGUGUAUUAUAAUACGAAUCGAUCCAAUAAAACAUUGAAAUGAAA